GUUUGUUUUUAGUGUUGGUUAAUUUCUGUAAGGUUGGCUUUUACCGUUUUGCUCCUUUCUAGCCAGCUGCCCCCAUUCCCUUUUCCCCCCCUCCAACAUAUUUGCCCCCCCCAUUUUUUAUUUUUGGUUUUUUGGUUUUGUUUUCUUUCUUUUCUUCUCCCUACACUACACAACUCCAUACAUUGACUUCCAUACAUUCACUUCCACUCACUCACUACAUUACACAUACAACAUGGCCUCAUUCAACAGACCCUACACACGUCCUCUCACACAACCUCCAGAUCCCCUCACCCGACAACAAUCCAAACACUACUUCAAACUGAUUCAAGUCACUCACCACCAACACAUAAUUUCACAUGCACUCCAGACAGGCCUCUUCCCCACAGGUAUGACCAGACAAGUAGCCAAACUUACACAAUUCAUUAAACCAGCACUACCCACUCAACAUACACGCACACUACUCAACCAGAACACAUCAGACUGGAUGCAACACAACAUGGACAUCCUUCUGGAACACUAUAACACACAACUUACACUACUGACUUCCACCCCUUCCCCUUUCAAUACACUGGCAUUUCAGAUUGCCAGUGGCUGGGCCAGAAAGAGGUACCAUACUCGCCUGUCACCCACUACCUUACAGACAGUUCAACGGCUUCUCAACCCUCAGUCUUCCCCCCACACAACACCAACACACACCACCCCCCCUCCCCAUACUACUACCCCCACUCCUAGGGACCCCCCCACACCCACUCACUCUUCUGACCCCUCUUUUCUCACUGAAUUCCCUCCUCUUCCUGCACCCACUAGGGCCCCUACUCCCCCUCCUAAACAGGACUUGGGAGUUAUGCCACAUCCCACACUUACACUUACCACCCCAUCCAUCCCUUCACUCUCCACUUCCAUUGACUUACAGCAGGUCACUUUUACCAUCAACACACCUGACCUGACAGAUACACUCUCAGAUACUGAUGACCAUCAACACCCACCCAACACCACACACACCACUCAGAACGCACAACACCACACCAAAAAUCCCCCCACUACUCCCACACCCAUAGACACUUCUCCCAUUGACACUCUCCCGGUCUCCCCUACCCUUACACCACCCAAAAACAGACCCACCAUACAGGUUACAGCCCUUGUCACUCACACUUAUAACAGUCAGCCCACAAUCACCCAACGCCCUAACACGGCCAUCACUAACACCACCCAGGCUAACCACCUCAUAACACAUUUGGUUCCACAGGAUAUAACACCAUGUCUCUCUCCACCAGGUUCCACCCAAGUGGGAGGGGUAGACCCAGGACAGUCCAAACCAUCAAGGGUGAUGAUGAGCAAGGGAAACAAAAAAGCUAACCAGCUUACAAAACCCAAUGCUGAGCCCUCCACCUCCACAGGUGUAGAACUGUCUGGGGAUCCUACUCCCUCCCCCCUACCUCUACACAAACCCUCACCUACACCACAUUCUACACAACCCCUGUCCCCUAGGCCCCCUCUUCUUCGGACUCCUACAGUCCCACUUCUCUCUCUCCCCCUCUUUUCUCCUACCUAUCACAAAUGGUCCAACAAUAGACUUCAGGAGUGGCACAUCAGACCUAACAAACCCAUAUUAUUCAUAGGCGAUUCCAAUCUGGCCCGUAUUCCCCCUCAUCCAUAUCCCAACAUACAGAUAGACAGCUAUCCAGGUGCCACAGCCAACCACAUGAACCGGUUACUUGAGAAAACUUCCCCACAAGAAGCCGUUGAGCUGUUAGUCCUGUCGGUGGGUACCAACAACAGAGAACACAAUGCUAAGGCCACCACCAACAAACAACUUAACAAAAUGUUUAAGUUGGCCACCAAAGUUUUCCCCAACGCCAACAUUUAUGUCCCGGUCAUCAACUUUUCCCCCUCUAUUCACCCACACUACAAAUACAAUCUCACCGAGAUUAACCGCUACAUCACCACCCACCUCCCCCACCUCCAACCACUUCCAGCAGAUCAAUUUUCCACCACACUUGAUCACAUCCACUGGACCCCAGAAGUGGCUUCCAAAAUCCUCCACUUCUGGUGCACACAACUAAAUUUAACCUUUCACAGACCCUAAAUCAGGACACACCCUCACACACCCUGAAUCACACUUCACCUCACACUGACUCCCUCAUCCUCAACUUGUCCAAGUCCCUUAUUCUCUCCCCUGUACAAACUGCACUUUUAGAAAAAGGUCUUUCUUUUAUUCCUACACCUACCAGCCAGGACCGGGAGGGACUGCGAAGGGAUAUCCAUGGUUAUCAUAGACGCUUGAAAUUACAUGAUCAUUUUAAACACAAACCCCACCGUGAGCCCGUCCCCUUCACUCUCCCCUCCACCUGGGAACCUGACUCUUCCCAGGUGGAUGGGAGACUACGUACCCUCAUUAGGCAAGAUCUCCAUUCCCUGUCCACCUAUCUCUCCCGCCCUUUUGACUCCAGCCACCCCAACAUCUCCCCAGCAGAAAAAAGAGCAAUUUUCCAACUUUGCCACAACCCAAACAUCAUCAUUAAACCAGCCGACAAGGGUUCCAAAAUAGUUAUUCUAGACACUCACCAAUACCUCCUAGAAGCCAACAGGCAACUUUCCAACCCACUCCAUUACAAACCCAUCAC